AUAACUAGAACAUUUUACAUCAGCAGUGUGUUGCUUCCAAAUACCUUCUUGGAUCUAAAGCUGCAACUACAGCUAAGUGGAAAGGCAUGGAAUCCAAAGAACUUAUCCUCUUUGUGAAUGGCAAGAAAAUAACUGAACAGAAUGCAGACCCAGAGGAAAUGUUGCUGCCCUACCUGAGAAGAAAACUACGUUUGACAGGUACAAAAUAUGGCUGUGGAGGAGGUGGCUGUGGAUCCUGCACUGUGAUGAUAUCCCAUAUCCACCUUGUUUCCAAGAAGAUCAUACAUCACUCAGCCAAUGCCUGUCUACUGCCUAUUUGUUCUCUAUAUGGUGCAGCUGUUACUACUGUUGAAGGAAUUGGAAGCACAACCACUAGACUACAUCCAGUGCAGGAAAGAAUUGCAAAAGCCCAUGGCUCUCAAUGUGGCUUCUGUAGCCCAGGAAUGGUGAUGUCCAUGUAUUCUCUAUUGAGGAACCACCCAGAGCCCACCUUAGAACAAAUAUAUGAAGCGUUAGGAGGAAACCUUUGUCGCUGUACAGGAUAUAGACCAAUACUUGAUGGCUGCAAGACCUUUUGUAAGGAGUUGAACUGCUGUAAACAUGAACAAAACAUGCAAAAUGGUCAAGUGCAGAAUGACUGUGAGGAUGAUAUGGUGAAAUUGGAUUUGGACAAAGAAGAAUGUCUGCCAUUGGACCCAUCACAAGAAUUAAUUUUUCCUCCUGAACUAAUUCGGAUGUCUGAAAAGCAAAAUCCACAGACACUAAUCUUUCAGGGGGAAAAAGUGAAAUGGAUCACAGUGUUUAAUCUGGCAGAACUUUUAGAUCUGAAAGUUAAAUAUCCACAGGCACCACUUGUAGUAGGAAAUACUAGCAUUGGACCAGAGAUUAAGUUUAAAGGUGUUUUUUAUCCAGUGAUUAUUUCCAUUGAAAAUAUCACUGAUCUGCAUGCUGUGAAAUAUACUAAGGAAGGGAUUUGUGUAGGUGCUGCUUGUACUUUGUCCACUCUGAAAGAUAUAUUGAAUGAUGCAGUGUCCCAGCUUCCAAAGGAAAAGACCAAGACUUUCCGUGCUCUGCUGCAGCAGCUAAAAACCUUGGCUGGUCAACAGAUCAGAAAUGUGGCUUCAAUAGGUGGACACCUCAUCCAACGUAAUUCAACUUCAGAUCUCAAUCCCAUACUAGCAGCUGGCAAUGCUAUACUUCAUGUACUGGCAAAAGGAGGAAAAACUCGGCAAAUCCUGUGCAAUGAUGGCUUCUUAGAAUGCAAGAAUUCUUGUCCCCUUCCUGAAGAAGUACUUUUGUCUGUGCUUAUUCCAUAUUCACAAAAAUGGGAGAUUGUGUCUGCCUUCAGACAAGCACAAAGAAAAGUAAACUCCGCAGCCAUAGUAGUGGCAGGAAUGCAAGUUAUUUUCCAAGAGAAGUCCGAUGUCAUUGAAGAUAUAAAUCUUUACUUUGGAAGUGUCAGUAAAAGUACAAUACAUGCAAAGAAGACUAGAGAUGCACUAAUUGGAAGGCAGUGGAAUGAGGAGACAUUGGGUGAAGCUUGCAGGCUGGUUCUGGAUGAGAUUUCUCUUGAUCCUGCAGCUCCUGGUGGAAAGGUGGAAUAUAGAAGAACACUGACUGUUAGUUUUCUCUUCAAGUUUUAUCUCGAGGUGCUAUAUACGCUAAGAUCAGAGCUUGAUGUGAAUGGCUAUAACCAUCCUAUGGAAAUAUCGCUGCACAACAGUGUUAAAAAUUGCAAUAACCAGGGUACACAACUGAAGACUAUACAGAGAUACCAAGACAAAACAAUUCAUCAGCCUCCUCAGGAUCCUGUUGGCCAUCCCAUCAUGCACCGCACAGCCAUGAUGCAAACGUCUGGUGAAGCAAUAUACUGUGAUGACAUGCCCUUCAUCGAUGGAGAGCUUUUUAUGGCUUUGGUGACUAGUUCUAGAGCUCAUGCAAGAAUCAUAUCUUUGGAUCCAACUGAAGCAAAAAGCAUGCAAGGCGUGUGUGAUAUUAUCACUGCUAAAGAUGUUCCAGGGGCGAAUGAGUUUUCUUAUUAUGCUUGGCCUGACAGGUUAAUGGCAGAUAAUGAGGUACUGUGUGUUGGUUACAUAGUUUGUGCAGUGGUUGCGGAUACACCAGAGCAUGCCAAGAAAGCAGCUAAAAAGGUGAAGAUCAUCUAUGAAGAUAUAGAACCUGCGAUACUCACUAUAGAGGAUGCAAUAAAACACAAUUCUUUCUUUGAACCAGAGAAAAUUAUCAAUUAUGGAAACGUUGAUGAAGCUUUUAAAACAGCAGACAACAUACUUGAAGGUAAGCUACAUAUUGGAGGACAGGAGCAUUUCUACAUGGAGACUCAAAGCAUCCGUGUUAUCCCCAACACAGAGAACCAGGAAAUUGAGAUAUAUGCAGCAACGCAGGAUCCAACAUACAUGCAGAGCCUUGUGGCAAAAGCUUUAGGCAUACCCGCUAAUCGUGUCAGUUGCCAUGUGAAAAGGAUUGGUGGAGCGUUUGGUGGAAAGAUUGUGAAAACAGCCUACAUAGCGGCAAUCGCUGCUGUGGCGGCUCAGAAGAUCAAGCAUCCUGUUCGCUGCAUUCUAGAGCGUAGUGAAGAUAUGCUUAUAACUGGAGGACGACAUCCCUAUCUUGGAAAAUAUAAGGUUGGAUAUAUGAAUGAUGGCAAAAUCGUAGCAGCUGAUGUCAAUUUAUACAGCAAUGGUGGAUGUUCAGGGGUAGAAUCUAUAUUUAUAAUGGAGAUUUCAGUGCUUCAGACAGAUGUUUCUUACUAUAUCCCAAAUCUGAGAUGCCUAGGGAGAGUAUGCAGGACCAAUCUGCCAUCCAAUAUAUCAUUUCGAGGGUUUGGGUUUCCACAGUGUGCUUUGGUCACAGAAGUAUGGAUUGAUGAAGUUGCUGCUAAGUGCAAUUUACCAGCUCAUCAGGUCAGAGAGCUGAACAUGUACAGGAAAGUCAUUACCACCCCUUACAAGCAGGUGUUUGAUACUACCAAUCUGACGAGAUGCUGGGAGAGUUGUAUGGAAAGUUCCGCAUACCACACAAGGAGGAAAGCUAUAAAACAGUUCAACAAAGGGAAUCCCUGGAUAAAACGAGGCAUAGCACUGAUACCCUUAAAAUUUCCUGUUGCGUUUAGUGCCGCCUUUCAAAAUCAAGCUGCAGCAUUAGUUCAUAUCUACUGUGAUGGUUCAGUGCUAGUGUCACAUGGAGGCACAGAGAUGGGACAAGGCAUUCAUACCAAAAUAUCUCAGAUUGCCAGCCGUGAAUUGGGAAUACCUAUAUCAUACAUCCACAUCUGUGAAACAAGUACCACCUCUGUACCGAAUACUAUUGCCACUGCUGCCACUGUUGGGACAGAUGUAAAUGGGAUGGCAGUCAAGGAUGCUUGUAGAAAACUUCGAAAACGACUUGAACCCAUUACCAGCAAAAAUCCUGCAGGUUCUUGGGAAAGUUUGGUUGAAGAAGCCUUUUUACAAAGAAUAAGCCUUUCUGCCACUGGAUUUUUCAGGGGAUAUGAAACCUAUAUGGACUGGGAGAAAGGUGAAGGCCGGCCAUUUGAAUAUUCUGUUUUUGGAGCUGCCUGUUCCGAGGUAGAAGUAGACUGCCUAUCAGGAGAUUAUAAGAACAUCAGAACAGACAUUAUAAUGGACACUGGUUGCAGCAUUAACCCAGCUGUGGAUGUAGGACAGAUUGAAGGAGCAUUUGUUCAAGGUAUUGGGCUCUAUACAACAGAGGAACUUAAAUACUCUCCAGGUGGUGCUCUGCUAGCGUAUGGACCAGGAGAAUACAAGAUCCCUUCUGUAUCUGACAUUCCUAGAGAGUUCAAUGUAUCACUGCUUCCUUCAUCUCAGAACCCAAACACUAUCUACUCCUCCAAGGGCAUUGGUGAAGCAGGCCUUUUCCUAGGGUCUGCUGUGUUCUUUGCAAUAAAGGAUGCUUUAUCAUCUGUCCGAAAGGAAAGAGGCUUGUCGAGCACUUUUACACUAAACAGCCCUGCAACCCCAGAGAGGAUACGUAUGGCUUGUGGAGACAAGUUCACUGAUAUGAUCACAAAGGAUGACCCUGCAGCUACACCAUGGUCAAUUGAUGUAUGAAGAGAUACAUUUUGGUUUAAAAUAUACUCAGGGUAAAGUGCUCAUCUUUAAAAACAUCUAGCACAAAAUACUAAAGGAUUUCACAUGAGACAUUUGACAGAAAACAUAAAAGAACUGUUUAUCUGCCUCAAGAAGAUGUUAUAUGAAAUUUUACCAUCAACAAAUUGUACACUUUGAUGAUUCUGCCUGGAAGAUGAAAAAAAAGUGAUGGUAGAGUUUAGGGGACGUUAUUUGUAGACAUCAUAUAUUACCUCUAUUGCCACGUACACACGAUCAGACAUUCUGACAGAUUUUUUUUCCGACAGAAUGUUGGUGUAAACUUUUCUUGCAUACACAAUGGUCAAUACAAAUGUUGUCGGAAAUUCCGAACGUCAAGAACGUACAACACUACGACGAGCAGAGAAAAAUUAAGU